AUGAACCCAGCACAACAAAAUAAGGUUGACAUUAGUUCGUUAAGUGACGAGGAACGUAAGUUGCUCCGCAUGUACGGUAAACUCCCCGAUCGUAAAGACCUUUUGGGACAUAAGCUGAAGGAACGUAAAUAUUUCGACUCUGGGGACUAUGCACUUUCUAAAGCAGGAAAAGAACCUGUGUCGAUAGGCUCAGAGCACCCUUCACCUGACACUAUCCCUCAUUCUAAUCCAAUUUCGGUGCCCGGAGCCAGUCCAGUCAAAGAAAGCCCUUUGGUUUCUUCAGAAUCAGAUAGCAAUAAUGCUUCUUCCGAUACCAAACAGUAA